CUGUUUAUAAAAUAAAGUAAUAAAAUUUGAGCAGACAGUUGAACUAUCUUCUUCAAGUUUUACACAUUCAUUUAAAUAACUUACUGUAAUUUACUUAUUAAGGAACAAGAGUCUGUCUAAUUGUCAAGUUAAUCAUGCCAAGUAAAAUUCAUUCAGUUGCUGGUCAUCAAUUUAAAGCUACUUUGCUUACUUCACCAACUUUCUGCUCCCAUUGUGAUGGAUUCAUUUUUGGUUUUGGGAAACAAGGAUAUCAAUGUAAAGGCUGCGUCUGUGUUGUACACAAAAGAUGUCACAAUGCUGUGAAAAAUCAAUGUAAAGUUGGAGAAAAUGAUCAGGAUUUGCUUAAUGAGGAUCAACAAGAUGUUGGUGAAUCUCAUACAUUUGAAGUUCGCACCUACUUGUCACCAACCUUCUGUAAUCAUUGUGGUUCAAUAUUGACUGGACUUGUCCAUCAAGGCCUCAAAUGCAAAGAUUGUGGGGUGAAUGUUCACAGAAAAUGCAGCAAAUAUUUUCCCGUGAAAUGUGAACAUAAUGCUUGAUAUUUCUGGCUACUUCAAUGUGGUUUGUUAAUGGCCAAUUUGCGAUAUAAAACCUUUAUAAAUUAUGCUGCAUAAAUGGUCAACCAAUAAUCCUCAAUCAAAAUUUUCUUUUGGAUGUAUUCAGAGAAAAAUCAGUAAAACAGAUUAUACUGUUGGAAAAUUGCAUUUAACAUUGAUUUGUGCCAUGUUACAAGAAUUAUCAUUGAAUUGUAUUAAUCGACUAUUGAUAAAAAUAAAAUUGCUUCAAGAUAACUUCA